GAAGCUGCUGAGCUGUCAGUAUAACAGCAGGCAGGGAGGUGAGCUGGGUAAGAGCAAGCGGGAUAGGUGCAGAAGGAAGGGAAGAAGAUUUGAGAGCUCAGCCAGGCACCAUGUCUUUUACAAGCUCCUCCAGUACAAGCUCCUACAGGAGAACCUUUGGGGGUAAUGUCAUCGGCUCUCCACAGCUGUCCAGGGCUUCCUACUCCUCUGGGCGAUUUGGUGGAAGCUCUGGUAACUUAUCCUCCCGCGUCCUCAUCUCCAAGUCCACCGUGCUGCCCUCUUACUCCAGCUUCCGGGCCAAGGUACCGUCCCGAGGCUACGAGGUGGUGGACUUUAGCCUGGCUGAUGCCCUGAACCAGGAAUUUGUCCAGACCCGAACCAAUGAGAAGGCAGAGAUGCAGCACCUGAACGACCGCUUCGCCAGCUACAUCGAGAAGGUCCGCUUCCUGGAACAGCAGAACAAGGUGCUGGUGGCUGAGGUGAAUCGCCUGAAGGGGCAGGAACCCGGGAGGGUCAAUGAUAUCUACGAGCAGGAGAUGAGGGAGCUCAGGCGGCAAAUAGAUGCAUUGACCAACGAGAAGGUCCGAGUGGAAGUUGAGAGGGACAACCUGGCUGAUGACCUACAGAAGCUCAAACAGAGAUUACAAGAUGAGAUCCAGCUGAAGGAGGAGGCUGAAAAUAAUCUUGCUGCUUUCCGGCAUGAUGUCGAUGCAGCCACCCUCGCUCGCCUCGAUCUGGAGCGAAGGAUUGAGGCCCUCCAGGAGGAGAUUGCAUUCCUCAAGAAGGUCCAUGAGGAGGAACUGCGGGAGCUGCAGGCUCAGCUCCAGGAACAGCAAGUCCAAGUUGAAAUGGACCUGUCGAAGCCUGACCUCACCGCUGCUCUGCGCGAUAUCCGAGCACAGUACGAGUCCAUUUCAGCCAAGAAUGUCCAGGAGGCUGAAGAAUGGUACAAGUCAAAGGUCGCUGAUUUGAAUCAGAGUGCAGCCAAAAACAACGAUGCCUUGAGACAGGCCAAGCAGGAUGUGAUGGAGUACCGUCACCAGAUUCAGAGCUACACCUGUGAGAUCGAUGCUCUCAAAGGAACUAACGAGUCCCUGAUGCGGCAGAUGCGGGAGAUGGAGGAGAGGUUUGCUGGCGAAGCAGGUGGCUACACCGACACCAUCACACGCCUGGAGGAGGAGAUUCGCCACUUGAAGGACGAGAUGGCACGGCACCUUCGGGAAUACCAGGAUCUGCUCAACGUCAAGAUGGCCUUGGAUGUAGAGAUUGCCACCUACAGGAAGCUGCUGGAGGGGGAAGAGAGCAGGAUUGUGAUGCCGGUACAGACAUUCUCAACUCUGAGUUUGAGAGAGACCAGCCCUGAGCAAGGCCGACUUGCAGAGGUACAUACCAAAAAAUCUGUCACCAUCAAGACUUAUGAAAGCAGAGACGGAGAGGUCAUCAGUGAAUCCACACAGCACCAACAGGAGAUUGCUUAGGACCUUGGGGAGACAGGUGGAGAGCGAUGCCCUAAACCCUUAACCCGACCAUGAGAUUAGCCCAGCUCUCCACUCCCUCCCCUCCCUACAACUGCCCCAUGACCAGAUUAACUGAGACGAUAUGUGCACCAGGAACAAAGUGCCUUUUGAACCCAGCAACCAGGAGAAUCCAAGAAAAGAAUCUGAAGAAGGAAAAUGGCAGGAUCUCCGAAGAUAUCUCCUCUUGAGAUUGCCUCUUUGCACCAUUACAGAUGUACUGUAUCAUUAUUCGGGAUUUUUUUUUGGCAUGUAUUACUUUCUCACUGUGUGAUACUUACAUGUAGAAUCAGAUUCUGCACAUGGUUAGAUUAGCAAAUGUAACUCCCAUAAUACAAGUACAACUUAUUGCUGUUUCUCAUCUGUAUGGUGGGACCUGGAAGUGAUUGUAGGCAAGAUUACAAAUCAAUCAUCCAGAAGAUAGAGGCAUCGUGGUUCUUGCAACUGUCCUAGGAAUCCAGAGGCUGACCCUGAUCCCCUGGGAGGCAUGAGUUCAAAUCCCAUUCAAAUCAUUGAAUUAAAUUGAAUGAAUGAAAUAAAUGACACAGCUUAUCCCAGCAA